AUGGCUUACCCCUACCAAUUAGGCUUCCAAGAUGCUACUUCCCCAAUUAUGGAAGAAUUACUUCACUUCCACGACCACACACUAAUAAUCGUUUUCCUAAUUAGUACAUUAGUGCUUUAUCUCAUUUCACUUAUAUUGACUACAAAACUAACUCAUACAAGCACUAUAGACGCCCAAGAAGUCGAAACUAUUUGAACUAUUUUACCAGCUAUUAUCUUAAUUAUAAUUGCUCUACCAUCACUACGAAUUUUAUACAUAAUAGAUGAAGUUAACAACCCUGCAUUAACAGUAAAAACUAUGGGGCACCAAUGAUACUGAAGUUACGAGUAUACUGAUUAUGAAGAAUUAAAUUUUGACUCAUAUAUAACCCCUACAACAGACCUAAAACCAGGAGAACUUCGACUACUUGAAGUCGAUAACCGAGUUGUAUUACCAAUAGGGAUACCUGUUCGUAUAUUAAUUUCAUCAGAAGACGUACUACACUCAUGAGCCGUUCCAUCCUUAGGAUUAAAAACAGAUGCCAUUCCAGGACGACUAAAUCAAGCAAUUUUAACAUCAUCCCGUCCAGGUUUAUUCUACGGUCAAUGUUCAGAAAUCUGUGGCUCUAACCACAGUUUCAUGCCUAUCGUCAUCGAAAUAGUCCCUUUAAAAACAUUUGAAAACUGAUGCUCUUCAAUAUUAUAA